UUGUUAGAGCAUUUUCUCUCAUCCUUUUCUCAAGUACUGUUAACUAAUUAACAAAGAUGAAUUUCAAACCUUUUGUUUUGCUGAUACUUCUGUCUGGUGUGGUUCUCAUAUCUGCAGUGACGGCUUAUGAAGAUCCACCACCAAGCAGAAAGGAUGAAGAGCUUAUGGAGUGUGACAAGCAAGAAUAUGUUUUAAGUGGAAGGAAAAUGACCUUAGAGCCACUUCAUGGUGGAAAGUGUAAAGGAAAGGGAGGCGGAGGUUAUGGUGGUGGAUCUGGUGGUAGUGGUGGAGGUGGCGGCCAAGGAGGAGGUAGUGGGGGUGGAGAAGGAGGUGGAGGAGGUGAUUAUGGUGGAGGAAGUGGAGGUUCUGGUGGAGGCGGUAGUGGUGGAAGUGGAGGUGGUGGAGGAAGCGAAGGAGGUGGGGGUAGUGGUGGAAGCGGAGGAGGUGAUCAUGGCGGUGGUGGAAGUUCAGGUGGGGGAGGUGGAAGCGAAGGAGGAGGGCAAGGUGGUGGAGGAAGUGGUGGAAGCGGCGGAGGUGAUUAUGGUGGUGGAGGAAGCGGAAGUGGUGGCAGUGGAGGAAGUGGAGGAGGAGGUCACGGUGGCGGUGGAAGUGGAGGAGGAGGUCACGAUGGCGGUGGAAGUGGAGGAGGUGGUGGAAGCGGAGGAGGUGGUGGCAGCGGAGGAGGUCAUGGUGGCGGUGGAAGUGGAGGUGGUGGAAGCGGAGGAGGAGGUUAUGGUGGUGGAGGAAGUGGAGGAGGUUCUGGUGGAGGUGGUAGCGGUGGAAGCGGUGGAGGUCAUGGUGGUGGAGGAAGUGGAAGUGGAGGAGGAGGUCAUGGUGGUGGAGGAAGUGGUGGAAGCGGAGGAGGAGGUUAUGGUGGUGGAGGAAGUGGAGGUGGUAGUGGUGGAAGCGGAGGAGGAGGUCAUGGUGGCCAUGGUGGUAAAGGAGGUCAUGGUGGUGGAGGCAGUGGAGGGGGAGGUCAUGGUGGCCAUGGUGGUGGAGGAGGUCAUGGUGGUAGUGGUGGAAGUGGAGGAGGAGGCCAUGGUGGAGGAGGGAGUGGAAGUGGAGAUCAUGGUGGUGGGGGAGGUGGUGGCGGUGGAAGCGGAGGAGGAGGUUACGGUGGUGGUGGAAGCGGAGGAGGAGGCCAUGGUGGUGGAGGAAGCGGUGGUUCAGGUGGUGGUGGAAGCGGAGGAGAUUAUGGUGGUGGAAGUGGAGGAGGUAGUUCUGGCGGCGGAAGUGGAUCAGGUGGUGGUGAAGGGAGUGGUAGCGGAGGAGGAGGUUAUGGUGGUGGAGGAAGUGGAGGUGGAGCAGGUGGUGGAAGCGGAGGUGGUGGUGGAGAAGGCAGUGGUAGUGGGGGAGGUUCUAGUGGAGGAGGAAGUUCUGGUGGUGGAGGAAGCGGUGGUGGAAGUGGAGGAGGUGGUGGUGAAGGAGGUUCUGGUGGUGGUGGAAGCGGAGGAGGAGGAUACGGUGGUGGAGGAAGUGGUGGAAGCGGAGGAGGAGGAUCAAGUGGAGGUGGUGGAGGCGACGGAGGCGGUGGAGGUUAUUAAAACAAUGUUAUAUGAGACCUUUGUAUUUUGUGGCAGAUAUAGAAAGAGUAUAUCUAUAUUCUUCAA